AUGCAAGUGAAUGAUGACGAUGGUGACGAUGGUGAUGAUGACGAUGAUGACGAUGAUGACGAUGACGACGAUGACGAUGGUGAUAAUUAUGAUGACGAUGACGAUAAUGAUGACGAUGACGUUGAUAGUAACAAUGGUGAUGAUGAGGAUGAUGGUGACGAUGAUGGUGACAAUGGUGAUGAUGGCGAUGAUGGUGACGAUGGUGAUAAUGAUGAUGACGAUGGUGAUAAUGAUGAUGACGAUGAUGGUGACGAUGGUGAUGAUGACGAUGGUGAUGAUGACGAUGGUGAUGAUGACGAAAGUGAUGAUGACGAUGGUGAUAAUGAUGAUGAUGGUGAUGAUGACGGUGAUGAUGACGGUGAUGAUGACGGUGAUGAUGACGGUGAUGAUGACAUGCGGUGGCGGUGGUGA